AUGGUCAGCCCUCAGAUCACCAACCUGAUCAUCAUGCUCGGCAUGGUGCAGGUCUCCCGCAAGGUCCCAUUCGAAGACCCCAACGUACUGAACAUGUGCCGCGCCGGCUACAUUGCCAGCAACAUCAUCAUCGCCAUCAUCUACCUCUACGUCCAAGCUCAGAUUAACAAGAAGAAGGACCUUACCACGCUCAAGUACGUCGAGCCCCCAGCGAUGGGAUCCGCCGAGGAGGGCAAGCUCGUCACCACCACCAUCCACGCCUACGACACCACCCAGCUUCGGCAGGCCUUCCGCUCCCAGGCCAUGGGUAUCGCUAUGAUGGCCUUCAUGCACAUCUACAUGAAGUACACCAACCCUCUCCUGAUCCAGUCCAUCAUCCCCCUCAAGAGCGCCCUCGAGAGCAACCUCGUCAAGAUCCACGUCUUUGGCCAGCCCGCCGCUGGCGACCUCAAGCGCCCCUUCAAGGCGCCCGCCGGCUUCAUGCAGGGUCUCCAGAGCGGCCCCGCUGCCAGCGAUAAGAAAGCCAUCGAGACUGCCGAGCGUGCCGGCCGCGGUGGUGCCAAGGAGGAGUAA